CCCACCAUCCACCUCCCAACCCAAUUAAUCUUUCUUUACAAUUCCUUCUCUCAAUAAUUCUCCUCUGUUUUUCACAAAGCAACAUGGCUGCAUACAGAGAACCCAUGAACAUGAACAUGAGCGACAGAGCCCCGGUUUCUCCGCAGCAACCACACUCUCCGUGGCAUUCCCCGGUUCCGUACUUGUUCGGAGGGUUAGCGGCGAUGUUGGGUCUCAUAGCCUUCGCUCUAUUGAUCCUUGCAUGUUCCUACUGGAAGCUCUCAGGGUACCUCGAAGGGAACGGGGAAACAGAACGGGACCUAGAAGCUGGCGAAACGGAGCAGGACCAGAAACCUGCGAAACCAUACGAGGAGAAGAUCUUGGUGAUCAUGGCCGGGCAAGAGAAGCCAACAUUCUUAGCAACUCCGAGUGUUUCGAGUUGCAGCACUAGCAGGUCCUCUUCCUUCGGCGACAACACCAGCACGUGCACCUGCGAGGAGAACCGAAAAUCGCUUGAAAUGGCACAGGCUGGGACUGGGACCACCGAAACCGCACACUCCUCGUCGGAUUAGAACCCUUGAUCGGGCCAAACAUGGCCACCUGUUGGGGGGUUUUGUUUUGUAGCCAGGUUGCUUUCGUGAAAAAGCAAAGCUCGUGACACCCGGGUGUCUCUCUAGGUUGCAUGUUCAACAAUUGGUGGUGAUAUGGGAAUUCUCUUUUCUUUUUUCUUUUCUUCUUCUCUUUCAGUUCUCGUCUGUACAUUAUUCCGGGAAUGUAAAUUCUUUGAGGUGGAAUUGAGCCCUUGCUGUUUCACAAAUCACAAUUUUGUUUUUUUUUUUUUGGUUUAUGUUUUCUUCCUUUUUACUAGAUGAGAUUUGUAAACCUGGAACAAAAACCGAGGGGAGAAAACAGAAAGAAAAAAAUGGGGGACAGAGAGAAUUUAACACUCAGAGUAGUUUUUCUGAUUGAUUUUAAGACGUGGAGAGGUGGUAGAUGUUGUGGUGUCGAGUUAAGGAGAAGGUAACGUGUACAAGAGAGUGUGGGAAAGUGGUUUUAUUUAUGUGUGAUGUGUCUGAUGCGGCGAGAAGAAGCUGUGAUUCAAUCAAUGCAGUGGCUGCACUGUUUGUUCCUCGUGCCACUCGCCUAAUAAGCUUCAGUUUAGUUCCUUCUAUUUA